GCCCAGUAGACCGAGGAGCUCGGGUGGAAGUAGUACAAACGGCAGAGUUCAGGGAGCGGCGCGUGAAGCAACCUCUGUUCCUCACGCAGGAGCGUGGGGCUCGAGGGCCAUGGAUCACAUAGGGAUACUGGGGGCGCACCUCCAACAGCACACGCAAGUGGAACCCAUCAGCUUCGGCAUCGAUCAGAUCCUCAGCAACGUGGAGCAAAGCUGCAUGCUGGGCGCCAGGAUGCACGAGCCGGACUACGGACACCCGGUCUACAACAGCGGCACGAACGGCGGCGUCAACGGAGGCUUCACAUGCAGUAACAGCGGAUAUAACAGCACCAGCAGCGCGUGCGGGAUGUCUUCCCUGGGCAGUGCUUAUCAAAUGAGCAUGGGCCUGAAUAUGAACGGUACUAACGUCAACCCUGCCGGGGUCAUCCGUGUCCCUGCGCACCGGCCGCUGAGUGCCGGUAACGCUUCCAUGCCUCCGGUGAGCGGGACCAUCAGCAACUUGACUGCGCUCACCUUUCCAUGGAUGGAAAGCAACCGACGCUACACCAAAGACAGAUUCACAGUGUCCCUCUCACCCCUCACUGUAACACGUCGCGUAGGUCAUCCUUACCAGAAUCGGACGCCGCCGAAGAAGAAAAAGCCUCGGACGUCCUUCACCCGCCUGCAGAUCUGUGAGCUGGAGAAGCGCUUCCACCGGCAGAAGUACCUGGCGUCAGCUGAGCGCGCUGCGCUGGCCAAAGCCCUGAAGAUGACUGACGCGCAGGUCAAAACCUGGUUCCAAAACAGACGCACCAAAUGGAGGCGGCAAACGGCGGAGGAGCGGGAGGCGGAGCGGCAACAGGCCAACCGGAUCCUCAUGCAGCUGCAGCAGGAGGCCUUCCAAAAGACCAUCAGCCAGCCCGUGACCCCGGACCCGCUGUGCCUACAGAACAGCUCUCUGUUUGCCCUGCAGAGCCUGCAGCCUUGGAACGAGAACACCGCGAAGAUCAGCAGCGUAUCGGCCUGCGAGUAGAGCCAGCACCGCCCGCUCCGGCAGGGUGUCUGAGGGACUGCUCGAUAGCAGAGGAGCUGGCUACAGCUCAGAGGAGCUCCGUGAAAGGCCGUUCCCUGCUCCCACUGUCACCCAUCUUCUGUCAGACAGACAAUGAAGCUGCUUCAGACAGAGUUACUCCCUCCGUAACGGGGGCCACAGUCUGAGGUGGAUCCUUCGGUGGUCCGGAGUGAAUCAGCCCUGCAGACACCACACAGCAGGCUUUGGAGCGUAAUGAUGAACAGUGUGCUCCAGAGCACAAUCAGGAAAGACUGGCAUCAGUGACUUGUAUUAUAGUUUCUUAAGAGACUAAAUGAUUCAUAAGCAACGUAUUUUCAUAUGGCGUGUGUUACAAAAAGAAAAUGCCCCUGCACCCGGUGCGUGUCCAACCCGGUCUCAGGGCCCUUCGUGAAAGGCUAAUCAUGACUUUAAUCUAUGGAUGUGUGCUCCUCCCUGAACAUCAGUCCGCUCUCACAGGUAGUGUUUCAGAGGUCAGGUGAGAGGCGUGAUAGUGACGUCAGCCUCACCUUCAAGCCAGAGCCGGAAGUUCGACUCCUGCUCCUCACAGGUUUCCGUCAUUUUUAAAUGCGUUAAUAGUUACAGAUGUGUUUGGUUAAGGCAUUAAAAACUACUUGGUUAUCUUUAGAAAAUAUCAAAUACAACCCCUGUCACAUCUUUAAACAUCAAAUAGAGUUUCUACUGGAAUGCUUUACUAACAAAUUCAUGCAAAAACAACAGCGACAAAAAAAGUCCUCCAUUAAAAAAUAGAUUCAGUUUUCAUUUUCAUUUCACAGCUGCCGUGAGACC